AUGUGUUCCAGUUUCUUCUUUCCAUACAUGAUGGAAGUCUUUCAGCAGCCAGUCCUACAUGUCGAAGCGCGUGUCAAAAACAACGGAGAUGGUAUCAUCAUUCGCACUGACCUGAUUAGGGAAGAGGUCACAAAAUGGCUAGUUGCCAAUUUCGUCGUUCUCAGCCUCGGACAGGAAAUAUCCUCCUUUGAAGGCUUGAGCGAUUCACAUGCUCAGGCCAUAGACUCUGUGGUUGUCACCGAAUGCUCCGGGGAAGAUAUGGAAACCGGAGCAUACAGACUCCAACAGGUUGAACUUGAUGUCCAAGCGUAUCAGCUUCGCGCACCAUUAGAGCAAGAAGGCUCUCAACACACUCUACCUCUAGAGGAAUCCAUGGACAGCAAGGAUGAAGAUCCAAAAGCAAGGGUACUUAGCCUACCAAGCAGAGAACUGGAUGGACUGUGGGAGUCAUUGCAGUUUGACCAGCCGCUUAAGUCUAUGUUGCUUCGUGCAAUCACCAGGAUGGGUGAGGACUUUAACGGUGCUUUAUCAUACUCUUCUCGAAAACUCAACAGAUGGACGAUCAACUGGAAUAGACUGAUUCUUUUGUGGGGACCACCAGGAACUGGAAAAACAAGCCUCUGUCGUGGCCUCACUCAGAAAAUUGCAAUACGCAUUGGAAAACAUUAUCCCCAGAGCAAGCUUGUUGAAAUAAACGCUCACUCACUUGGUAGCAAGUUCUUCGGUGAAAGCGGGAAGCUGGUAAGCAAGACCUUUGAGAACAUUGAGUCGUUGCUCGAAGAGGAAGAAGAUACCUUUGUCUGUCUGAUCAUCGAUGAGAUAGAAACGCUAGCGGCUCGAAGAGAGAGAGCGCUGGGUGGGAAUGAGCCAUUCGACGCUGUACGUGCGGUCAAUGCACUUCUCACAGGCUUGGAUAGAUUGAAGACCCAUGCCAAUGUUGUUGUAAUUUGUACGAGCAAUUUGGUCACAGCUCUGGACCAAGCUUUCCUCGACCGGGUCGAUAUCAAGCAGUUCGUACCAUACCUGUCCAACAGAGCUAUAUACGGAAUUUACAAAGAAUGUUUGGAAGAACUGAGUCGGUGUGAGAUCAUUGAGGGAGCCUCGUUUGAUGUUGUCCAAGUGAACCCCGAUAAUCCCCAGACUGCACUGCAAUAUGUGGAGCAGGCUACGGAGACUCUACUGCUACCAACAUUUGAUGAGAUGCUCCUCAAUUAUCAGAUGUUUCCGGAAUCUGUCCCCAAGCAGCUUGGUGACGCAGCAUUGGAGAGCAUGAAUCUCAGUGGGCGGACUGUUCGACGACUACCCGCUUUGUCUUUAGUGUUGUAUAGUAAGAGUGCCCGAUGCAAUACUCGGGAGGCCGUCCAUGCUUUGCGUAUGGGGAUUACGUCGGAAAUUCAAGCCAAGGCGGAAGCACAAUGAAGGAGAGACCACACAGAAGAAGAGGAUGUGGAGUGGACGGGAGUGCGAGGUUCUCAUACGAACAAUUGGCGUAGCACAUGUGUCACUAAGAUCUUCAAGAAUGCAGUACUAGAAAGAGAGAAUGAAUUCCGAAUAGAUA